AUGUCGUUUUAUUUUGAUGGAGUUGGCUUCAUUCACAAAUAUAACCCUCACGAUCAGUCGUUGGCACCGAGAACGAUGGCCUGGCGGAAACCCUCAGAUGGUAUUAGCCAUAAUCAAACGUCAAAAGGAUCGCACGAAGGCAAUGGGGGAAGAACAGCAUUUUUUUUUUGUUGCGAUAGCGCAUAAUAAAGGAGUUAUUCUGGCUGAACAAUACAAAGGAAUAAAAAGUUGCAGAUUUUGUCCGAGAACAAUUUCCGACUCCCUUUGAAAACAGCUGCAAGUUCGCAGCUGUUUUCUUGUCAUGUCUUGGUGCUCGUUUGGUACAGACGUGUGUUUGGAUGCUCCGCCAUUUAGAUAUAAAGUAAGAUGCAAAACCAAAGCCUCGUACAUGACUUAUCAAUUAACGACAAAAAUAAGUUGGUUUGGACAGGUUCUUUCGAAGCCUUACAGCAAUUUUUUCAAGAAGUGCUAGAAUUGAAUGCUAGAAAAUGGUCCUCUCCUGGCGCCGACGCGAAGCUAUUCGAAGCCGAAGAGAAAGAUACAACAAUCAAGUGGUAUGCAAAAUCCCAAACUAUUACUGUUAACGGGGUAAAUGGAGCAGAAAUUGAAGGCAAAUUAAAGUCUGUAGCAUCGAUGACGAAGAGUCUAGCCGAUGCAAAAUGUUUUGGAAGUGAAACAGACGUUCAAUCCCUUGAGACCACUUUGGAGAUUCUCAAUGGCAAGCUUCAAACUUUGAGGGAUGAAGUUAGUUCUAAAAUGGCUUCUGUCACUGAUAUAUUAUUAGCUCACUCUAAAGAGUUGAGUGAACUAAAACAUCUGGACUCUGAUACUGAAUUGGCGUGGCUUAGAAAGGAAAAUUCCAGACUCAAAAACGAGAAUGAAUGA